AAUAGUGAAAACAAGGUGGCAGAUUUUUUUUUUUUAAUCCUAGUAAGAUUUCUGGGAAGGACUGUCACUGUGUGAAAACUUGCUCUGGAUCCAUAAUGGAUAAUAGGAGAGUAUUACUGUCUCCUGUUAUAAUCCUGCUGUACACUACACAGAUGGUGAUCACUGCACAAGGGGCGGACUCAAACAACUUAACACAAUUCUGCCAGAGCAGCCAGCUGUUUGCAGGAGGAAACCUGUCCUGUUGUGGCAACAUUGCGUACAACCCCAUCCGGGACACCUGUUGCAACGACAACAUUACCCAAUUUAUAAGUGAGCUGGUGUCCGGCUGUUGUGGAUCAGUGGCAUACAACCCACUGAAUAAGCUGUGCUGUGAUUCACGCCUUCACCCCUUGGAGCCUGAGGUCUCUUGCUGUGGGGCAGAGAUUUUUAGUACAACAACGCAGUUGUGUUGUGGUCCUAAAAGUAACGUUACUGCCAAGACGUCUGAGGAUGACCUGUGCUGUGGGGAUGAAUCGUACAAUCCUGCUACACACUGCUGCAAUCAACUGACUGUCAAGAUUCAGGACAAUGGCACGUGUCCUAAUAUGAGAACUACAAAUAACAACACAAGCGUCUACGCUCUUUCUUCUGACCAAGGAUCCUCAAAGAAGAACAUCUGUGACCCCUAUAUCAAAAUACCCUGGCAGGGAAUGGUGUUAAAAAGGAACACUGAAACCCAGUUGCUGCCGCCUGGCAUGCUGUGGUGUAACGGGAAGCUGCACUGCAACGUGACCGAGGGCAGCCGGUGCCACGGGGUCAGUGUGUAUGACAGCAAGAAGGAGACGGUCUGUGAAUACACCUGGCAUGACGAGCCUCAUGGACAAUGUUGUGGACAGGAGCUGUUUGACCCCAGGAAGGAGAUGUGCUGCAAAGGACACAGAAGGUCAAGAUCAGGAGAAUUGGAAUGCUGUGGAGCUCACGCCUACAAUGUCUCAGAUCCCAGCCAGAAGUGCUGCUCCGGGCAGAUCUACAAGGGCAGGUCGGGAACAGCGCAGUGCUGUGGAAAGCUGCUGGUGGAGGACCCGAACACACAGCAGUGCUGCUCCUCUUCCCAGUUGCAGCUGCUUUACUCCAAGCAGCUUGGUUUUUCCUGUUGCGGGCACCAGUUCUACAACUCUUCCCUCUACUCCUGCUGUGAGGAGAAGCUGCAGGGGCGACAUCACCACAACCUCAGUUCUGCUGCAGGGGACAUUGGGCAGUGCAGCGUUCACCCUGAUCUUGGCAGUGUUUCAGCGUCCCUUAGAUUGUGCAAUUCAUCCAUCUACAUUGGUACACUGAAAGUCACGUGGCAGGAUGGCUCAGAGCGCCACAUUGAGAUGACAAGCGUUUCCUCAAUUAAUUUCAACCAUACAAGAUCAAGAUAUAACAUAAAACCUGCAAGCAAUCCUUUGAUGGCUGUGGUGGACCACUGCAGCUGCCCUCAUCUGGACCAAGGCAGAGAGUACCUGUGGUGCGGUACUGGGAAAAAUAUAACCUUGUUUGUCGACAGUCAGAUCCGUCAGAAAUCCUUACUCAGUGCUGUCAUGUCUGCUUUCGAGUAAUUCUGGUAUAAGAAAAGGGGCGUUUUCAGUCAGACCUUAAUAAUCUAGAUACAUCUACCAUAUAUCCAAUCCUAGGUUUCUGCAUGGCCUGUUUCAUUAUUAUUUAGUCUUUUAUACUUCUCAUGACGUUAAAAACCAUAUGAUUAAUAGCUGAAUCUGUGACUGUAAACAACCAUCAACUGUCUUUUUCCUUGCUGGAACUGUCCAAAUGUGGUGCUUUCCAUUUAAAUUUUAAUUGGUUUGUUUAAUAAUGUCAUCCCAAGUGACCUCUUAGAGUAAUAUAUUUUAAUAUUAAAUAAUCAGUUUAAUAACUAGGUCAUUUGUGCCAUUUAUAAAUGAUUGAUGUAUGUUGCAUCUCUUUGCACUUUGAAAGGAUGGAAUGAGCCCCUCCAUCAGUCCCAGGUGCCUCAGCCCUGGCCUGCCUAAUCAUGAACACUGUUGGGCAAGUUACUCAGGAAGAGUAAUAAGUUGCUUGUUACUUAUUGCUCAUUUUAAGAGUAGUAAUAUUACUUUACUUAUUACUUAGUAUCAAAUCAAUUAGUUACAUUACUCAUCAUAUUACUAUACUUCAUUGGAUGUCCAACCCUCCAUGACAGAGUAAUACAACUCGAUUCUUUUAAAAACAAAUCCACUUUAUUGGAACAAUUAUCGUUGUACAGAAGGAGUCAAAAAUCAAACUGCAUAACCACAAACACUGGAGCCUGUAUGAAAAACUAUAAACAUAUUGAUUAAAAUACUAGUCUCUCCGACUUUUUAACUGAAGAAUUCUCACAGUAAGAAGGAGCUUAACAGUUUUAGGCAGAUAUCAUGUCCAGCCUCCAGUUUUGUUACCUCUGCCUGACAUGGAACAUAGUCCCUGGUCAACGGCAGCAUUUUUUCCCACAAGUUUGAUAUCGCAGCCACGGGGCCAUAUCGGAUGCUCUAAUAAAUUUCACAUUGUAUUUUUUUGUAGUUGAAAAGGUUUUGCUGCUGGGACAAAGUGUACAACGAACGGCAACAGUCCUUUGUAUCUUUUAGUGACAGGGACUCAAAAAAAAAAGACAAUAUUUACACUUCUUGAAGCUAUUCCUCUCUCUCUCAACCUCUGUUAUUAUUAAGCUUUUUAGGUGACACUGCCCUGCCACCCGUGCAUUUCAUAUUAACAAAGCCUACAUACGACAAAAAAAGAAACAUGUUCUGGUAACAUGGUAUUAGUCAGAUUAGUAACUGUAAUAUUAUUACUGUUUUAGAAAUUGUGAAGCAUUACAUUGCCUAAAGCAUUACUGCCCAACACUGAUCAUGAGGCUGGAAAAGCAUAUGCCGGCCAAUGAGAGAAUUAUUUUAAUAUAUAGGAAGGAAGCAGACCAAUCAUUUUAGGGGCCAGUCCUGCUUUGUGACCAAAUUUAUACUGUUAAGGUUUAUUGUUAGUCGGUGCUGUUCUUGCGCCUUGACAAAGGAGUUACAGUAUGUGUAUUUUCUGUCAAAAACCUCAGGGACUUUAGGGCAAAUGUGGGAACAAGUUGAUGUGCAUUUCAGUUCUCGGUGAAUAGCCAGUCCUCUGCUUUAUCCAAGAAGCACUCCAAAUGCUUGAAAUUUAUCAGGAAGAGAGACAACCUAUUAAUUUAACUGUCUUUGCCUAACUUUAUGGAUGACAAUACCAGGAGUGCCCCUGUGUUGCCUUCGAGCAAGGGGCUCAAUCUGAAAAAUAUCCAGCUAUUUUAAUGGGUGAAACAGCCACUUUGAAUAAAACCAUAAGCUUAGUAGCUAAAUGACAUGCAACAUGUUAGCAAUAAUAACAUACACUUAAAGCUAAAAAUAUAUAUUCAAAUAACACAGUAUGUAUAAGCUUGCCAGAAAUGUGAUUAUUAUACAUUAUGGGGUAGGGGUGGGAGUAUUAUAACACAAUAAACAUUAUUUUAUAAUUGCAAAAGCAAAUAGUUACCUGUUUACAGAUGUUUCAGGCUCAGUGCUAUAUUGGAUAAGCUUCUUUUACUAACAGUUUUAAAGCUUUUGGUCUUUACAUGUAUGUUUCUCUCUUUACCAAUGUUUUCUGGAGUUUUGUGAGUUUAAGUACAGUCCGUCACAGCUACAGCAAACAUACGUGCAAUUAUUGUAACUUUUGUUUGAUGCAAUAAAAUGUAUAAAUGGCAUUUUGUGUUUUGAAUGUGUCUGUUUGUUCAUCUAGUGAGUGCUGUCAGCUGUUUUGCUUGGUGUGCUCACACGUUUUGCACAUUAAACAGCGGAAAGAAA